AGUUGAUUCUAUAGUUUCAUCAGUGUCUUGAUCGGUAUAAAGAAAUGUCAAAAUACUCACAUUAGUUGGAAGUCGAAGUAUAGGAAGGAGCAGACGAGUGCCAGCUCUCAACCAGGUAUUAUUAAAUAUAGAUAUAAUAUGGAGUGGUGGAGUAUAUUAUUGGCGAAGUAUAUCGGCCAGGGUGAUUGUUGGAAAGAACGUCGUCGGAUUGCUCUCGCUCUCAAUGAAGGAAUGAUGAGAGAGGCGGGAGUGUAUCAGAACGAGCUCAAGGCAGCAGGAACACUUGAGUAUAGCGGCGAGUUGAGAAGUCGCAGUUCCGUGCUUCGGAAAAGAUCUCGUCUUCUCAAGACGGCGUGUCGCAAGGUCUAUGAAGGAAGGACAGGAACCUGGAUAAGAGCAGAGUAUAGUAUGACGAGCACUCAGGCAGGAACCGGAAGACAGGCAAUAGUCGCAAGAGAAAGCAACAGGAAGCAGGAAGUCAGAGAGAGAAAAAGGAAAAGAAACGAAGGACGAGGGAGCAAGAGAAGUCUAAAAAGGGAAAAGGAAAGGACAAAUUGAAAUAAGGAUAGGAAGAGAAGAUGAAGUCGCGGGGUGGGAAAUGAGAGACAGGGCCGAUAUGGGAACAGCAAGACGGAAUGGAAGGAUGGUGGAGGAUGAUGGACGGGCUGGUGGAUAAAAGAGUGUGAUCUGCUUGUGCUACGAAUUGGCCGGACUGGAGCCGUACUUUUAGGCUGGA